AUGGAUUCUCGAGAUUCGUCGUCAUCAGCUGCAUCGUCCGACGCCGCUAGAGAUGUGUCAAACUGCGAUGACGCCAUCGCUCUCUCUGUCACUUCUGCACUCGCUAAAGACGCUCUCUCUCACUUCCAAUCUGGAAAAUUCCAUGAGGCUAUGGACAUUUUGAAUCAGCUCAGGCAGAAGAAACUUAACGAUCCUAAGGUUCCUCACAAUAUGGCAAUUGCAGAGUACUUUAGAGAUGGUUGUUCGAAUUCCAAGAAACUGAUCGAAGAGCUUAACUCUGUCAAGAGACAGAGUGAAGAACUUGCUUCGGCAGCAAAAGAACAAGUGGAAACUGUAAACCCUGGAACUAAUGUCUCUGUGUCAAAGGAUCAGUUUGAUAGCACAGUAACAAGUCUCAACAUUGCGGUUACCUGGUUUCAUCUGCAUCAGUAUACGAAAUCUUUAUCCAUUCUUGUACCUUUGUUUCAAAAAAUUGAGCCGCUAGACGAGACAAUUGCGCUUCAAAUCUGCUUCUUGUUGCUGGAUGUUACGCUGGCUUGUCGUGAUGCUGUCAAAUUUUCGGUUGUGUUUGAGCAUAUGGGAAAAGCUUUUGAUGUUAGUUGUGGAAGUCAUGACGAAAUUGGAAGCACGAUGCAACUUUCUUCAAGUCAGGUGUCCAAAACAUCUUCUCUGCUGAGCAGCUCGGUGGCCUCAGAUACUUUGAAGUCUGAUUUAACCGCCGCUGAAAAUAGUCUGUGUGAGGAAACUGACUAUGCCAAUGUUCUAGCGGAAUUUGAGGCCGAGAAACGGAUGAGACCAGUUGGCCAUAUUCCAGCAAACAAUCUUCUCAAAACAUUAGGAGAAAGGUCGGUUUUGACUGAUGAUCUGAAGCUUGAGUUGCAGCUUUACAAGGUCCGCUUCUUGCUUCUUACCAGAAACUUGAAACUGGCGAAGCGUGAAGUCAAGCAUGCGAUGAACAUUGCUCAAAAAAGAGACUCCUCCAUGGCCCUCCUCUUGAAAUCUCAGCUUGAGUAUGCUCAUGGGAAUCCUCGAAAGGCUAUCAAGCUUUUGUUGGUCUCAGGUAUUCAAAAAGAAGCAAGAACUUCAGGAAUCUUCAACAACAACCUUGCUUGCAUAUACUACCAGCUUGGAAAAUAUCAAGCUUCCUCCGUGUUAUUUUCAAAAGCUCUGAGAAGUUGUUCAUCACUUAGAAAAGAGAGUCCGGUGAAGCUGUUUUCUCUGUCACAGGAUAAGUCUCUGUUGAUCGCAUACAACUGCGGUUUGCUGUAUUUGGCUUCUGGGAAGCCUCUACUUGCUGCUCAAUGCUUCCAGAAGGCAAGCCUGGUUUUCUCCAGACAACCCCUCUUCUGGCUCCGUAUCGCCGAGUGCUGUAUCAUGGCUUUACAAAAGGGUCUUUUGGAAGAGGGAAACACUACUUCAGAGAAAUCAGAAAUCAAACUUCAUGUAAUUGGGAAAGGGAAGUGGAGACAGCUAAUGAUGGAAGAGAGUGGAUUUGUGGAUCUUGCUGGCAGUACCAAAUGGCCAAAGCUUUCAUUACCAUUGGCACGGGUCUGUCUCUCGAAUGGUAUCUUUCUGCUCAACGAGUCUCUCAUGAAUGACUCUAAAUCAGAUCUUGAUCCGGCAUCAUCCUUGAAGAUACAUGAGACCAAAGAAGCAGCAUCGUCUGAUAAUGGGGAAGCUAAUACAAACUCAGACAUGAAAGAGGCAAAAGGAGGAAUCAACCAGGACAUCAUUCAAAACUCCCUCUCCGCUUUCAAGGAGAUCCGAAGCAGAGAGAUUCAGCUUGUCAAGCAGGCUCUUCUUGCCAAUAUGGCAUACGUGGAACUGGAACUGGAGAAUCCUAUCAAAGCCUUGUCAGCGGCUAAUUCACUCUUGCAAGUUCCUGAUUGUUCGAAGAUUUACGUCUUCUUAGGCCAUAUCUAUGCAGCGGAGGCUCUCUGCUUGCUCAACCGACCCGUUGAAGCUGUUACCCAUUUAUCUGGCUAUCUACUUGGACAAGAUGAUUUCAAACUGCCGUAUGGGCAAGAAGACUUUGACCAGUGGCGGAUGCACGCAAGCUAUGACUGUGAAGAGACAUCGGAUUCUUCCGCAGGAAGUGCCCGGGAUUCGGUUUUCGUUAAGCCAGAGGAAGCUCGUGGAGCGCUUUUUGCAAACCUUGCGGCGCUGCUUGCUACGCAAGGACAUCUUGAACAGGCCAAACAUAUGAUAACGAACGCGUUAACUGUCUUACCGAACAAUGUGCUAGGUACGGUUACAGCGGUCUACAUCGAUCUCAUGUUGGGUAGGUCACAAGACGCCAUUGCUCGGUUAAGGCAGUGUACCCGUGUCAGCUUUGUCCCUGGGAGGUUGGAAGUGAGAGCAUCGUAG